UCUGAAACCAAGAAAAGAAAGAUCGAAAACCUUAUCAUGGAGGAGAUCAGAGGCAAUCAACUUAUUCCUGGCCAGAGGUUCUGCCCUAUGGACGACGAGUUAGUUCUCUUCUACCUGAAGCCGAUGUUGUGUGGGGAGAACGUGCCCGGCAGAAACCAAGUGGUGUUCGAUUGCGACCUCUACGGUCAGCAAGAACCUUGGGAGAUAUGGGAGUCCUUCAAAUCCAAAAGACCACACGACUUGAGGCUUCACAAGGACAUUUACUUUUUCACCCGACACAAGAAGAUGAGUUCCACGGACAAGCGCAUUCGCCGGAACGUGGGAAGUGGCACCUGGCAUAGUGACUCCGGCAAGCCGGUAAGAUCUGUUGAAACUGGUGCUGUUGUUGGAUUGAAGAAAAGAUUAACUUACAAGAACGAAGAGUCGGUGCAGGACGGCUGUUGGAUCUUGCAUGAAUUCUUUCUUGAUCGAUCACUAAAGGGCAAGAAACAGAUGGUCAAAAACUAUGUUCUUUGCCUUUUGCGAAAGAAUGGCGAACCGAAAACCAAGAUCGGCAAGAAGAGAAAACAACGUGAAGAGAAACAGUUUCUUGAAGAAAAUUCUGCCUGUGAUGAUGGAGAAAUCUCGGGCGGGGAGCAAGAAGUGUUGCUUGACACGCAAGCCAAGAAACGACGAACCGUACCAUCUAUUGAUGAUGCACCAGAAACAUCAGAAGAUGAUGAUGGAGCAUUCGUAGCUGAUCAUGAAGAGUCUUUGGAUUGCAUUGAAGUUGAAAAUGCACCCUCUUCAGAAGCACCACAGACAAUACCAUUAGAAGAUGAUGAUGCGGCGUUCGUAGCUGAUCUUGAGGAGUCUUUGGAAUGCGUUGAAGAUGAAAAUGCACCCUCUUCAAAAGCAAUUUACUUUCAAGGUGGGAAUAGUGGUGAGCAACCAUUAGCAGCCAAUCAUGGGAUAUCUAAUAUGCUGCCGGAGGAAGAUUUUCUCUUGGAGAUGGAGGAAUUUCUUCUUAAUGGUGUGAGUAGUGAUAUAAAUGUGGAUGCGGCCUUUGAUGGCAGCAGUAAUGGUUGUGGAGGACUGAUUGGCUUUGAGGAUGGUGUAUGCAUGCCUGAGUCUUUGGUGGAGGUACCAGCGUAUGAGAAACAUAAGCAUACUGAUGAAGAUUUGUCAGAUUGGUUGGGGUUAAUCGAUUUCAGUCCUGAGGCGAAUGAGUUUCUUUGCAAUGAAACGCAGCCAGCACCACUAGAAGUUGAAGCCUCAUGUGAAGUUUAUGUGCGUGGAGGGAACGACUCCGGUGACGCUAUGGUUGGUGAAGACUGGCUUAUGGCUUUUAUGGAAGGUCAAGAGAAUGAACAGAUGCAGAACACCAUGGAAGUUGGAGAAUGGAAUUCUGCUGCUUAUGUAGAUUUUGGCUAUAAUUUGACAUUUUAG